AUGGCAGAAGCCAUCGGCAUCCCGUCGCCCUUCUACCGCACCUCUGCCGCCGAUAGCCCCGUCGACCCUCCCACCUCCAGGAACCAGCGGCACCCACCGAUCCACUCCACCAAGCCCCAGGCUAUCGCCGGCGCCAGCCCCAUCACCAAGCGCAAGCAGUCCAAGAGCCGCAAUGGUUGCAGCACUUGCAAGGCGAAGCGCUUGAAGUGUGACGAAACCAAGCCGACCUGCCAGCAAUGUACCCGCCGCGGCGUGCCAUGCGGCGGAUACAAAAAAGACUUCAAAUGGCGGGCCUUCGAUGACGCCAGCUUUCAGCCAGCUCACAAGCCGUCAACCCGGACAUCAUCGCCAAAUGAUUUCUCCGAUAUUCGAUACCCUCCAGCGCAGACCUCUACUCCCACUUCCGCUUUCCAGAAUGUUUUUGUUGAAUAUCGCCCGUACGCGAGUGACCUCUAUGCCAUGUCCAACGCGCCUGCUUUCAUGACCCCACCAGCUUCACUACUCCUUCCCGAUCAGUUCGAUCCUAUUUCAGAUGCACACACACCGAGAGCCUUCGCCGACGCUGACGCGAUGCUGAGUCCUGAACCCGCCCUCGCAAGGACGACAGCGCCAUCAAGUACGGCGUCCGGGCAGUCGCCUCGACUAGCUGACUUGCUUCUACCUGGGACCGACCUUCACUCACCACCCGCCGAGUACUACACUUUCCGCUCGCAAUAUUCGGAGUCAUUCUUCCAGCCCGGAUACUACAAUCCACCAAUUGGAUCAGUGGACGGGGACGACGUUGAGGAAAUCCCGCGCAAUCACGACUUCAAUACAGACUCGGAGCUUUGGAUGACGGGUCAGCUAUCGCCGACUGGAUCUACUUCCUCGAGCUCAUCUUCGAACUCGAACAGUGGCAUGCUGCUCUUCGAACCCACGUUUCCCCCAAACUCCCCUGAACAAAUAGUGCUCCGAUACGACCGCAAUACGUGUGGCAUACUGUCAGUGAAGGAUGGACCAACAGAAAACCCGUGGCGGACCUUGAUUUGGCCCCUGGCACGGGAGACGCCGGCCUUGUAUCAUGCUAUUGCUUCGAUGACCUCGUUCCAUCACUCUGUAAACAAUAGACCCAUGAGAGUGCAGGGACUGGAGCACAUGCGCACUUCGAUUCAAAAGCUAUCUAAAGGGAUUCAGAACAUGAAGUUUGAUGCCGCGAUAGCAACAACGCUUGUCCUUGCCUUUGCGGAGUCCUGGGACACCCAUAUCUGCUCUGGAAUCGACCAUAUCAAAGGGGCGAAGAUCUUGGUCAACCAAGCACUGGCCCGACACCGGCAGACACCGCUUGCGGGAGACGAGCUGACUCGUCUCAAAUUUCUGUGCAACACUUGGAUAUACAUGGAUGUGAUAGCUCGCUUAACAUCCGUUGACGAGGACGAGUCGAAUGAUGUUGAGAGGGUUGCGAGUCUGAUCAGCGCGUCCGCCCAGGAUCCACAUCUCGACCCGCUGAUGGGUUCCGCGGGCCGUCUGUUCCCGUUGGUUGGUCGGGUCGCAAACCUGGUCCGAAGAGUACGGAAAACCGACAGCAACGGUCCCAGCAUAAUUUCUCAGGCUAUCGGGCUCAAAGCACAGCUGGACAGUUGGUCAGCUCCAGAUGAUAUCGUGGACCCAGAAGACCCAACGACGUCUAUUGCAGAUUCCAAGCGGACCGCCGAAGCCUAUAGAUACGCUACACUUCUUUACCUCCACCAAGCCGUUCCCGAAGUACCUUCUCUUCCUUCCGCCAUGCUUGCCAAGAAAGCUUUGAGCGAAUUGACGCUCGUAGACACGAAUUCCAGGGCAGUCAUAGUUCAAAUAUAUCCGCUUACUGCCGCAGCGUGUGAAGUGGAAGAUGAAGACGAUAGAGAGUGGAUACGAGGCCGCUGGAAUGCAAUGGCAGGCCGAAUGAAGCUUGGAAUCAUAGAUCGAUGUAGGGAAGUCGUCGACGAAGUGUGGAAAAGACGUGACGCGUACGCCGCCGAAAAGGCCAAAGCAGCACGGAGACGGAGCAGUUUGUCGUCUUCAUCACCAUCGCUAAAACGGGGGUGCCCCAGCGAAGGAGCAGUCAUUGACGAGCAGUUCAACUGGAUGGAGCUAAGUGCGAAGAGAAGAGCAGUCGGCGGUAUUGGGGCUUUUGAUACCCCUAGACUAGUCCCAGUAAAAGCAGAAAGAGGAGAGCUCAAGAAUCGUACAGAGUUGGAUACUGAGAUACUCGAAACAGAGUACACAGUUAGAGGGAAACUUCAUUGGCUCAGCGUAAUGCAAGACUGGAAAUGGGAAAUAUUACUGGGAUGA